CCUUUCAUCAUGCUAAGUCCGCCUAUUAAAUGCAUAGGGCGGUCAGUGGCACCGUGAUGCGGCCCUGUGGCACAACUGCGUGCUCACCCAAAACGCCGUGUCUCUGGGUGAUGGUCGUACCCUGCUUUCAUCGUGUGCCUUCCAGGAGGGAGAGUUCACCGUUCAUGAACCUCCCAGGCCUCCACAUAUCUGCAACCUGUGACCAAUAGGCGUACGACAUCUACAGCCCUGCCGAGGACGGAGGUUUGAAGUCCCCAAGGCACGAAUUAUUUCUGGAAGGUGAAAUUCUUGGGCGUUGGACGUCUACAGUACCGCCAAGGACAGAGACUAUGAGUCUCACAGGCAUUCACGCUGCUGCAACUCGUGACAGACGCGUUCUCACUCAUCAGAGCCCAGGGGUCAGAGGCUGCACGCUGCUCCUACAUCAGAGCUCAGGAGUGUGAGACCGUAACCUGCUCUGGCACGAGGCCCCGGAGGAGUUUCCAGAGUCGAGACCCCCAAUAUGCGGUGGUGGUGACUUUUCUGGGGAGACGCGAGUAGGUUGAUUGUUUAGUUGUGUUUUGUUACAUUUUCAUUCGUAAGAGUCCAGUGAUUCUUCAUGUCGAUCGGGCUGCGCUGAGCGGUGGCUGUGCGCUGGCAGCUCGGGUGGGCUGGACUGCUUCACGAGCGGUUGAAAAGAGGUUCUGUUGGACGCUGAUGGACCCAACACUAUGACAGGGGGCUGGGUGAUCGGUGGGCCAAAAGAAGUUCGAGAAAUAUACUGCUCUAGACAUCCUCGUGAAGGCCAUUCCACCAGCAAUGGCGUGGGCAAGGAACUGCAUGGUCCAAUCUUUGACUUACAUCUGCGCACUGUGCUGCUUUCCGCGCAGGAGACAACUUGGCAGGCAUUCCUUCGAACAGAUGACCAAGGUGGGUACGUUCAACUACGUGUUUCCUCUUCGCCGGUUGCACCAUAAAUUACUCGGCGUAUCUUUACUGUUUCGACACACAAGUCGACGCACACUGAAGACGCAAGCCGACCGACAGAGAGUGCUGCCUUCUCACAAGCUCUGUAACUUGAAGAGAAGCGCAGGCAUUGUGACGAUGAACUCCAGCGCAGCUCCCAAUGGUACCGGUCCCUGCUCAAUGGACGACUCCUACAAGUACCCCAUCUACUCGGCCAUCUACGGCAUCGUCUGCAUCAUCGGGAUGAUGGGCAACGCCAUCGCGCUCUACGUCUUCCUGUGCCUCACGCGGACCAAGAGUGCCAGCACCAUCUACCUCAUCAACCUGGCCCUCGCCGACAUGUUCUUCGUGCUGACGCUGCCGCUGCGCGUCGUCUACUACGUGCGCGACGGCGACUGGCCAUUCGGGGACGCGAUGUGCCGCAUCAGCUCGUUCACCUUCUACGCCAACCUGUACAGCAGCAUCUUCUUCCUCACCGGCCUCAGCGUGACACGUUACCUGGCCGUGGUUCACCCCGUGCGCUCGCUCAAGGCCGUCACGGCGCGGCGCGCGGUCAUCGCCUGUGUGUCCAUCUGGGUCUUCGUGACCCUGGUCACCUCCCCGUUCCUUCUCAGCGGCCAGCACGUCUUAUCAAGCGGGAGGAUCCUGUGCUUCGAGAGCUCGGGCAGCAGCCUGAAAAUGAUUUUUGCCAUGAACUACCUCGCCCUGCUGGUUGGAGUCCUCAUCCCGUUCGCGAUCAUUGUCGUCUGCUACGCGGCCAUCGCCCGGACGCUGAUGAAGACCCCGGAAGGCCAGCGCAGGGACUCGAACGUGCGGAAGCGCGCGGUGCGCAUGAUCGUGCUGGUGCUCACGGUGUUCGUGGUCUGCUUCAUCCCGUACCACGUGCAGCGCACGCUGCUGCUCCACCAGCUCAUCAACCGCCACAGCAGCUGCGAUACGAAGCUCUACCUGCAGAAGUCGGUGGUGGCCACCGUCUGCUUCGCCGCCUUCAACAGCUGCCUCGACCCGCUCAUCUACUUCUUCGUCGGCGAGAAAUUCCGCGACCGGUUCAUGAGCGCCGUGCGGAGGCGCUCGCGAAUCAGCUCCGCCACCAGCUCCGUCCGCUCCAAAGAGCCCCUCUCCAGAAGCACGGCCAGGGACGCCGCCAAGCUUCACAUGCAGACACUCGAGGGCGAUCCUUUGCAGGAGAAGGAGGACCCACAAGAGGAGACUGACGAUCGACAGACGUCUGAGUGAGACUCCGCACCCGGCCAGGGUUCAGCGACUGGAUACCCAGCGCUGGCUGGGGAAACGAUAGAUACGAAUGAUUGCGUUUUACCGCAUCGAUAUCAGGCGUGCGUCGAUUGUUGCACCUUUCAGCUUUGAUCAAUCCGCUGCUGGAUGAAGGCGCUCCCCAAGCCAUCCUGCUAUGUUAUAAUCUCGGCAUCCUAUCCACAUAACACAUGCACAGGAGCUGGUUUCAUCGCUCCAUCUCCUCGGCGAACCUAGCACAUACGAGCAUAUACGUAACAAUUGCCGUCUUAAUGCUGAAUCCUUGACUGUUUUUCAUAUUGAACUCAAUAAAUAUGGGUCGCUGUUUUGUAUUGCUUGUACGAAGGUUUACUGUUGUACACAUGCAUGUGUGCAGUCUGUCUUGUCAAUCUCUGGAUGAUUGCCUCCCCCAUGCCGUUCAGGUCGUUUAACCAUACUUCACCACGCUGGUCAGUGCAGGUUGGUGACAGCGGUGAGCAUCAACGUGGGAGCAGGAAUUGGUGAAUGGGGUUGUGCCCAGGACCAGUUCUGAUAUCACUCACCACUGACCUUAGCCGUGGCCGGGAAUUGAAUUCGGGUCGCUGAUUUCACGAUGCACCUCACCAACCAUUGCGCCAUUCCACUCUAUCACGCAAGCAUCAUCCACGAAUUUGACGCAAUUUAGCAAACGUUCACGUCGCAACCUUCUAUAGCAAAAAAAUCUAUAAAAUCGGCACGCGAAAUGAGAAGCCAAAUGUGCAUGUGGGGGCACGUUUGUGAACUUUGCGCGCUGCGAAUCUCGGCCACGACAAUGACAAUCAGUGGUCGGUGCACCCGCCAACGUGGUGACGCGAGAUCAGGAAACCCCCUACGGUCAACCAAGGCGUGGCAAGGGCUUCGAUUAAAAAAAAAGCCACGAGAGU